GGACUUGUCAAUUAUUAAUUUUAGAUAGAAAGACAAUUCUUACUUUAUUCUCUAGCGCCUUUAGCUAAUUUGCUACCCCUUCUUUGAAUUUUGAUCAUUUCUCAUUUUACGUUUGUUACGCGAACUUCUUACUUGGGAGAUCACAACUUGCGUCGAAAUAACUACCUGUUAGUUGCGCGUCAAAAUGUUUUCAAGUGAGGACUUCCCGAUGGCUACAGAAAAGGAAGACGCCGGAGCAGAGGAACUGGGUGUGGAAGUGAGAGAAAUUGGGGAGCCAAAGGGAAAGGGAUUGUUUGCUACAAAACAUUUCAAGAAAGGGGAUAUAUUAUUUCAGGAAAGACCCCUAGUUUGUUGCCAGUUUGCUUGGAAUGCGUCAUAUGGAUAUCUUGCAUGUGGAUAUUGCAUGAGGCCACUGGAAGGUGCUGAAGAGAAUGUUCGAAGACUUUCUACAAAAAAUGAUAUUGUUCUACCACAUCCAGAAUGUUGUCCAACAAAGAAAGAUACCCAUACUGAGUGCUCAGUUUGCAAGAUGAAAUAUUGUAGCACUGCAUGCAAAGAACAAGCUUGGGAGCAAUAUCACCAGAUUUUAUGCUUUGUUCCUGGAUCAUCAAAUCCUUUGGAUGUUAUGAAUGAAACAUGGAAGCAGUAUCACUAUCCUCCAGAGACAGCAUCUAUAAUGCUUCUUGCUCAAAUGGUGGCUACUGUGCGUCAAGCAAAGGAUAAGGAAGGUGCUCUAAAUCUCUUCUUGCAGUUUUGCCAUCGCACAGUGAAUGAUGAAGAGGAAAUUGCUCACAAGUUACUUGGUGAUGAGUAUAAAGAGCAACUGGAAACCUUGCGAGGGAUGUUCACUGAAGCUUUGUAUGAUCCGUGUUGUGAGCAGUGGUUUACACCAGAAGGCUUUCGAUCAUUGUUUGCACUUGUGGGGACAAACAGCCAGGGAGUUGGUACAAGUCCUCUUACUGAAUGGGUUAAGAAUACUGGCAUGCUGGAUAUUUCUGAAGAAGAAAGGGACAACCUUGAUACUUUCAUUGAUGAACUCUAUACAAAUCUUGAUGAUGAAUGUGGUGGUUUUCUAAACAAUGAAGGAUCUGCACUUUAUACUCUCCAGAGUGCUUGUAAUCAUAGCUGCACACCUAAUGCACAACCAACAUUCCCAUACAGCAAUUUUGAAUUGGCAAUGUGUGCCCUGGAAGAUAUUGCUCCAGGUGAAGAAAUAUGUGUUAGUUAUUUGGAAGAAUGUGUGCUGGACAGGAGCAGGCACACCAGACAUCGUAUUCUCAGGGAACAUUAUCUAUUUAUCUGCUAUUGCAGUAAAUGUGAGGCACAAGCUAAUGAUCCUGAUCUUACAAGUGAUGAUGAAGAGGAGGAAGAAGAAGAAGAGGAAGAGGAAGAAGAGGAGGAGGAGGAGCAGGAGGAGGCAGCAGAGGAACGUAUAAAUUGUGAAAAUGAGUCUGAUUAAUUUACUAUUUUGUACAAGUUCAUAUCAUAAAGAAUGCAUAUAUAUAUUUCAUUGAAGAACAUAUAUAUUCAUUAAAGUGUCACUCAGAUACAAAGAAUCUAUGAAAUACAAUGUAGCAGUUAUUGUAUUGAAACUAUUAUUUUAUACGUGUUAAAGUUAAACCUGAAAUAUUUGUAUACAUUUUAUUGUAGCAACACAUGAAUUUACCUGAAUGUAAACUAUAUCAGAUUAAAAUAAAUAAAUUAUAUAUGUCUAUAUUAAA